UUAUCAUCAUACAACGACUACUCGAUCGUCCACCAUCAUCUUGUUUCCUCCUUUUUAUUUUAACUUGCGGUUUCUUGGCAGAAAUUUGGACCAACAAAGUAGGUUCCAAAUCUUGUGCAAAUGCUUUAAUUUUCUUGAACCAUAAAUUUUAAACCUCCAAGUACCUUUUCUUUCUUUAAAUUGAAGAUUUCCUCCAAAAUAAAGAACAUAUAGUAACGCCGGUCAAAGGAAGGCAAAUACGUAAAGCAUUAUUUGGUUGUAAAUCCCACAGUUUGAAGAAGCCACUAGCAGUUCCAUUCAUUGGCCCCUACUUAUUGCUGCAAACUUUUAUAUUCAACUGCAAGCUUUUGAAAAGUUGUAUUGGUUUCUUUGAUAGUUUCUACCCUCAAAUUGACCAUCACAACCAUCUUUCUUGAAUCUUGAACUUCUUCUGGGGGUUUAAAGAACUGCACAGAAGUCGAAAAUGGAUAAACAGUUUGCAGUGAAGGUGGAAGAUGGAAGAAAAGGGGUUGAUGGUGAUCCAUCUGUUGGUCCAAUUUACCGUAAUCUUUUAGCAAAAGAUGGGUUUCCUUCUCUCGAUUCUGACUUGAAAACCACUUGGGAUGUCUUUAGGAAUUCUGUUGAAAAAUAUCCUGAUAACAGGAUGCUAGGAUGGCGUGAGAUUGUGGAUGGCAAAUGGGGGCCAUACAUAUGGAGAACUUACAAGGCUGUAUAUGAAGAAGUUUUGCAUGUUGCUUCAGCUGUAAGAGCUUCUGGAAUUGGAUCUGGCUGUAAAGUGGGAAUCUAUGGAUCAAAUUGCCCCCAAUGGAUUGUGGCAAUGGAGGCUUGCAAUGCUCAGAGUUACAUUUCUGUACCUCUCUAUGAUACCCUUGGAUCAGGAGCAGUCAACUUUAUAUUGGACCAUGCUGAAGUUGAUAUUGUUUUUGUGCAAGAUAAAAAAGUUAAAGAAUUAUUGAAUCCGGAAUGUACACAUACUCAACGGUUAAAGCUCAUUGUUUGCUUCAGUUCAAUGAAGGAUGAGGAAAAGGAUAAAGCAGAUUCCAUGGGUAUAAAAUCGUAUUCAUGGAGCGAGUUCGUUCAAAUGGGGAGUGAACAUCCAUCAGAGCUGCAAACACCUAAACCAACUGAUAUAUGUACGAUUAUGUACACUAGCGGCACCAGUGGAGAUCCAAAAGGCGUUAUAUUGACUCAUCAAAACGCUACAACAAACAUAAGAGGGGUCGAUCUUUUCAUGGACCAAUUCGAAGACAAGAUGACAGUCGAUGAUGUUUAUAUAUCUUUCCUGCCUCUUGCUCACAUCCUUGACCGCAUGAUUGAAGAGUACUUUUUCCGUAAAGGUGCUUCUGUUGGCUUCUUUCAUGGGGACAUCAACGCACUGAGAGAUGAUAUGAUGGAGCUGAAGCCGACAUUUUUGGCUGGAGUACCUAGAGUUUUGGAAAGAAUUCACGAAGGCGUGCUUAAAGGACUAGAAGAAGUUAAUCCAAGGAGGAGGAAAAUAUUCAACAUUCUAUACAACUACAAACUUAAAUGGAUGAAAGCAGGUUACAAGCAGAAAUAUGCAUCACCGGUUGCAGAUAUGCUUGCUUUCAGGAAGGUUAAGAACAGGCUGGGUGGUCGAAUUCGUCUCAUAGUAUCUGGAGGAGCUCCAUUAAGCAGUGAGGUUGAAGAGUUCUUGAGGGUUACAUCUUGUGCUUUUGUGUUGCAAGGAUAUGGGAUGACUGAGACCUGUGGUUUAGCCACUUUAGGAUAUCCAGAUGAAAUGUGCAUGCUUGGAACCGUUGGUUCAGCAUUCGUGUACACAGAGUUACGUCUAGAGGAGGUUCCGGAAAUGGGUUAUGAUCCAUUGGCGGAUCCUCCUCGUGGUGAAAUAUGCGUCAAGGGGAGAACUUCUUUUGCUGGUUACCACAAGAAUCCAGAGCUGACCAAUGAGGUUAUGAAAGAUGGGUGGUUUCAUACAGGUGACAUAGGGGAGAUGCAACCAAAUGGGGUGUUGAUAAUUAUUGAUAGAAAGAAACAUCUGAUAAAACUAUCUCAAGGGGAAUAUGUUGCACUUGAAUACCUGGAGAAAGUUUACGGCAUCACUCCGAUUGUUGAAGAUAUUUGGGUUUACGGGGAUAGCUUCAAAUCAGCGUUGGUUGCAGUCGUUGUACCAAACAAAGAGCAUGCAGAAAGAUGGGCACAUCAAAAUGGGAAUAAAGUUUCUUAUGCUGAGUUAUGUAAUCUUACACAACUACGCGAGUAUAUCAUUUCCGAGCUUAAAUCUACUGCAGAGAGAAACAAGCUACGAGGUUUUGAACAUAUAAAGGCCAUAAUCGUGGAGCCUCGGACAUUUGAAGAUGAAAAAGAUUUGCUGACUGCAACUCUGAAGAAACGAAGAGAUAAACUGAUGAAGCGUUACAAGGCGGGGAUCGACAUUCUUUACAAGAACUUGACUGCGAACAAAAGCUGAGAUAUAUUUAUUGUGAUUGCAGCUGUGGUUGUGUGUUUUAAGUUGGUGUGCCAUGAUGCUAUCCUUCGUACCUUCGUUUCAUUUGUUUGAAUUCAAAUAAAAAAUAUGUAGUUUCACUUAUUUAUUGAAGUAAAUGAUUUUAUAAGUGUGAUUC